UGCUUGAGAUGCUUUUCGUGUUUGUCAGUCCACAAAAUGUCAUCUUUCAAGCGAGUUCCAUUAUUUUGUACCAUAAUCCUGAUCCUAGCUGGACUGGGUCAGCACACAGCUGAAAGUCGACUCCCAGACUGCGUUCUUUAUCCCAGAUGUCUAAUGACAAAGGACCCGUGUUGCAUGUAGUGCAUCUAUAGAAAUUAAACAAGAAUCUGGUAUCGCAACUGGAACUGGAGAACCAACGAUAUAUCAGCACUUGUCAGGGGUGGUAACAAAAAGUGCACUCUGUUUUAAUAAAUACAAAUAUCCACAAAUA